CCUAAAGUCUGAAAUCCUUUUUAUGUUGCAUUUUGCCGCAGUAUACGUUCCAAUUUACUUGAAACAUUAUCUACAUCCUAUUGAACUUCUUUCCUAGCGUUGGUUGUCCGCCUGUCAUUGUUUCGUAAAUUGUAACAGGACUUCAGAUUGUCAAUCGGUCUCGUAGGCUGGGAUUGGUUUUCUUUCUUGGCAAUUUAAUUUAGUCUACGAAAACCUAUUUUUAAGUGACCAAAACAAAAUAUAAGUAUAGCAUCGAAUUCCAUGAGGAAUAGUUUUAGAUGUAAUUUAGGUUUAGGAAGUUUGCGUUAUCAAUGAUGUAUUAUUUUAAAUUGAUUAAAUAAAUGUAAAUAAUAAAACAAUAAGAGGUCGGUGUUAAGUGAUUUCUCCGCCCACUGCGAUCAUUAUGCGAUUAGAGAGACGGGAAUUGUGUGUCGAGUUGAUGUCGAUGGAGUUCUGAGAAUGUCUGGGGAAGGCGAGCGGGCCUCGCGGCCGAACUCGCUGGUGCUGGAGGCGCCGCCCCCGGAGCGCGAGCCGCUGCACUUCGACGUGCAGCUGGUCGGCGCGCCGCCGGAAGUCGAGCAACUCGUCAACAACAUCAAGCAAGUGGCUGAGGACUUCCUCUAUCACUGGAAGACUUUCCCUAUUGUGCUACCUCCAUCCCGAUUCACGGGUCACGGCAACCGGCCAUCAGACAUCAUCGUCCCGCCGCCAUGCGACGAGCUCGACGCGGCGGCGCUGGACGCGGGGGUGGAGCCGCACCCCCUCUCCGCGAAGCAACUGCACGCCAUCAGGGAGAAGGGCUUGCACAAGGACAAAGUUUUUAAGCCGAGGAAGUUAAACGCUAAGCAAUUGGAAUCGAUACGUGAAUGGGGGGAGUUCGAAGUCCCCUCCCGUCACUUCCCCGGGCAGACCCACGUGUGGCGCGUCGCGGGCUGGCUGCAGCGGGGACGGGCGCGCGCGCGUGAGGAACUCUACCGGCACGUCGCGCGCGCGCUCGCGCUCAUCGUGGUCGUGGCGAGGGACCGCCUGCUGCGCGACGAGCUGCUUUCAGUCAUCGCUGGAGCCAAGUCCUUGCUGCAGGGGCUGCAUAGACUACUGGAUUUGGCAUUCGGAAUGUCAUCCCUAGAAGCGCGCGACCUUGACAAGAAAAUCAGAGAAGAAAGGUCUCGUUACCUAGUAGCUGAACUAAUUUGUAAGCCGGAGCACCAGGAAGACAUAGCAGCGCUCGCGGCGUGGGUGACGCGGGCGAUGCGUCGCGCGGCCGCAGAGAAGACGGACGCGCGCGAGCCGCCGCGCCCGCCGCCGCCCGUACCCUGCCUGUAUACCACACCGCAACGUACACAGGUGGAUCUCCGCCUAUACCGUCGCGAGCUAGUUCGUCGCGCGGCGUCUACGCUGCAGUCGCUACUGGAGCGUGAGUCGCGCGGCUGGUUCCUGCACUUCAGGGAGCGACGCGCGGCUCAGCUCGCCAGCCAGAAGAUGCCCAUGAAGGAUAUCGAAGAGGAGGUGCGCGAGGCGGCCAUGCGUGAGUACGUGUCGCGCGUGUGCCAGGCGGUGCUGGCGAGCGAGCCGCUGGCCGCGCUGGGGCCCGACGUGCCCGGCCUGCUGGCCGCGCAGCUCAGGGCCUCCGCCAUUGUCACUAGAGCUGAAGAAGGCGUCCGCAGAAAACUAGAAGCAAGCUUAGCGACUGCCGAAGCUAGAAUAUGCGCGACACAUCCUAUCCUGUCCCGGGCAGAGGCUUGGCGUAAAGAGAAGUUAGCGGCUGCAGCGCUGCGCCUACAGAACGAGCUGCGUUGGACGCCUAUGGAGGACGCGGCUGCAGCGAUGCAAGCCCACAAGCUGCAUCAACAUCGAUACUUCUUACUCAGAGAUCUUGCCUUCUUGAGGGACAGAGAACCGCUACUUAUGAAGGAGCUGCGCGCCGCGGUGUCGCCGACGCGCGCGUUCACGUGGGCGCGGCGCACGUGGCGCGCGUCGCGCUGGCAGGUGGAGCGGCACUUCCGCGGGCGGCGCGAGCGCGUGGCCACGGUGCUGUCGGCGCGCGCCACGUCCAUCGUGACGCCGCGCUCCGACCCGUCGCAGCCCGUGUUCCUGCUGCAGCGCGACACGCAGCGCACCACCACCACGCGCUGGCCCGCCUGGCGGCUGCUCAACCUGGCGCACAGGACGUGGUGUUGGUGUUGGAACAUAAUGUACGUGCUGGGCGUGUUGGUGCCCUGGUGUUCGGUGGUGUCUCUGCGCACUCUCUUGUGCAUCAAGCCUUUUGUGCCUGACUACGAGCUGUCACAGGUGAACGGGACACUAUUUCCGAAGCGUAGCAGCGAGACCCAGACGAUGUGGUCGCGGCUGUUGAUGCUGUGGCGGCACGUGUCUAAGGAACGCACGCGGUUCGAAACUGAACCCGAUACAGGUUUACUAGGGAAGGGCCUGAGCCGACAAGCGAACCGCAUCUGGAACUACGGCAUAGUGGGCGGGUUGGGUUCCGCGGGCCUUCUGCUGGGGUUCCCGAUCGUGGCGUUGGCCGCGUGUACCGUGUGCGGGCUGCUCGCGCUGGCCGUGCCGCUCUGGCUGCCGCCGCUCGCUCUAGCUCUGCACGCCACUAACGCGCUGGUCUAUGAUGUGGAUUGUCCUGACCCGGAUAAACUGAAUAGGUGGUUCGUGUUGUUGGAAGUGUUGAUAUGGCGGAUCGGCGUUUUGGGUAUAAUACAGCCACUGGCGGCGCUUAUAGUGGCGGUAGUAUUAUGUCCAUUGGGCGCGCUGUUGCUGUUAGUCGGCGGCGCGGCGUGGUGGGGGCUGCGCGGCGUGUGGGAGCGCGCGGCGUGGCGCGGCGUGCUGGCGCGGGGCGCGCGCGUGCCCGCGCACGACUCCGCCUUCUGCCGCCGCGUGCGCGGGCCCGGCCUGCACACCAAGACAUACUACCAGAUCACGAGCGGGCAAGCGUUGGCGGCAGUAUGCGCGCGCGCCGAGCUGGACGCGCUGGCGACGUGGGUGUCGGAGGUCGAGCACGCCAUAGAGCGCCCGCUCAGGGACUACGAACACUUCGUGCAGGCAUGCUUCGGACCCUUCUCUGUGCAAAUAGCUAAGACGGGGUCUUACAAGCAGUUAGAGAAGGAAUGUAACUCUCUAACUGCGUCGCUGAGGGAGAAGGCGAGCGCGCGGCGGCGGGAGCUCGCACUGGGACUCAGUGACGCGGCCCGGGCGCGCGUCAGGAUGACGUCACAGGACUUGAGGCGCGCCGUGCAGGCGUGCGCGCAGGAGCUGGCGCGCGCGUUCGGCGCAGCGGCGCGCGCUGACGACUGGUGGGCCGCGCGCGGGCUCGACGCGCCCGACUGGCACGCGCUCGCCGCCAACACGCUCGUCGAGGUGUUCGACGCGGAGGUGCUGGUGGCGCUGGAGGCGGACGAGGCGCGCCUGCCGCUGGAGCGCGGUGAGGCGGAACGCGCGUGGGCGGCGCGCUGCGGCCGACACACCGCGCCGCCAGACGUGCUGGCCGAGCGGGACGACUGGGGGGCCGCCGCGCCGAUGGGCGUGUGGUGUGAGUGGGGCGGCAGCGCGCUCCCGCGCGCGCCCCCGCCCGCGCUGGAGGCGGCGGCCUUCAGCCCGCGCGCGCCGCACAACCCGCCCGUGCCGCACCCCGCCGCCGUCGCGCUCGUGCUGCACAACCGAGAAUCUGACAACCCAGUGCCGUUAGAUUCAGAGCUUUGCGCCGAAAUACUGAGAAGUUUAGAGGACGCUCCUGACUGCGAUGACAAACGAGAUGAAGUAGAGCGGUACCGUGGCGGCGGCAGUUCCGCUGGCUCGAGCUCAGCCAGUGAUGGGUCCCCUGACGAUGAUGAUGCGCCCGCCGACAUCGCGCCGCUACCUACACCGACGCCAGAGGACUCGUUGUGCAGGGUAACGGGCGGCGCGGCGUGUCGCUGGACGCUGACGGGCCGCGGCGUGCGGCUGCGCGCGGACCUCGCCAGCCCCGAGGACGUCACGCUCGACACCGAGCGCGCGCACGGGACCUCCGUCUGAGCGGGGACCUGCCUGCACAUGUCACUACACUCCGAUACCUUACUAGAACACACCUAUUGGCUAUAUACUCUGUGCUAAUCACCGCUCGCGGAUUUAAGCGAAGUGUGGGGGGGGGGGGGGCGUAAGGCGUCAUUGACAUAACGACACGACUUUCAUGUGUACAUGUGCAUGCUUUUCACGGCAUGCGAUAUUCAAGCAAAGGAGAGCAGGGAGUAAGGCGUCAUUGACAUAACGUACACGAAUUUUAUGUGUACAUGUCCGUGCUUAUCACCGCUCACGGUAUUUAAGUGGAGCGGCGGUGGGGGAGGGGGGUUAGAGUACUGAUCGGCAAUAUUCGUCGUAAUGUUAAGCUACAAAGCGAGUAUUUGAGAAGUCUAUACUUGGAAUACGAAUCGAUCGACUGCAUACACACUCGCUUUGACCCGUAACAUUGGCUGCGUAUCGUUCGUUAGUGACUACCUUUAAAAGUUUCCCUUCAAGUCUUACGCGGCACUAAAAAUUUGGUGUGAGCAAAAUGUUCGGCACCUCUGCAGUACCAAUAUAGCCUUUAGUAACGUUUGGUAAAAACUCAUCAUAUUUUCAUCUUACUUUUAAAUAAAUUGGUCAUUUAACUAGUAUUCGGCAGGUCACAAAAACCCAUUAUUCGUAUAUUAUGACUUUAGAUAUAAACUUUGAAUGAAAAUCGAAAGAUCUCGCGGUUAUAACCUUAAUGAGAUUAUUGGGUUAUUUUUUGUAUUGAAUCUCAAGUGGGAUCAUUUUGAUCAAUUCUAUUGAUAAACGUAUUUCUUUUAUAGUUAAAUUAUGAAAUUUCUUUGGCUUAUUGCUUGCCAAAAUAGAAUAUAUUGUAUUUACAAUUUAGGUUUUCAUGACAAUGUAUCUUUUUUUUGUACUUUCUUCUGUUCUCUUAUGUCAAAUCGUUUGACUUGAGCUUGAUGCAAGCGUUAAUGAGUGGAGAUAUUUUUAUUGGCAUAGAAAUGAAAUAUUAAACAAUUUUACCAUUUUAAAGUAGCCGCUAUGAAUAGAAAUAUUAUUAAAACUUUCUGCAGUGUAAAUGCUGUAUCUGUAACGCCACGCUGUUUGAACUCGACGCAUUUGUAAAAUACGACUUAUAGUGCCUAGACUAGACGGACGUAGCACGAAACUUAGUGUUCCAAUAAUAAUAUAUAUUGUAAAUAAAAUAUACCGCAAAAUAUAUUUAAAAUUUAAAUAAUAUAUUUGAAGCAAAAUCAUUACGUCGAACAAAAACAAAAGAUAUCCGGUAUUCGUGUUAUAAACAUUGAACAAAACGAAACGUAUCAAAUGACAAAUGAAUAACAAUGUAGCAAAUAUGAAACUUAUUUAUAGAAGCUUAAGGUAUAAAUUACGAAAAAAAGGCAGCUCUAAUUUACGGUAGAAAUAAUUAACAUUGAAAAACAUCGUAUUUAAGUAUUCCUCAUUUGUUUACCCAAUGUUUUACACCAAAUAGUUAUAACAAAAUAGCAAUAAUAUCGGUCGGAAUACAAAGAGUCAAUUAUAAGCAUUUGUAGUAAGACUGAGCCAAAUGAGCGCACAAAAUCUUGGAAAUUCGUGUAAACGUUAAGAUAUGUCUAGAAUGAGUAAUGGCUCAGUCGGUAAAACGAGCUCCCUAUAUUAGACCCUAAAUCCUUAUCGACAAAUGAAGCCAUUACAUGAGGCAAUCACUGCUAAUAAUUACUGACUCGAGUUCGACUCGCGACCCUGCCUUGUCAGCUCAUGAUUAAGGACUCCGGUUGGGUCCGAAACUAGUCGGGCAAUCCCUAUAAAUACGCGUAAGUUAACUGUUGCAUCGUACCACCAUACAAUCAUAGAGGCUUGUACGUAUGCAAGUGUUGUCAGUGAGAGUAUUUUGCCUCGUGUACAAAGUGCUUUAAUCCCAUGUGUAAUUCGUAUUUCGUAUCCUUAUUAGUAAUAUUCAAAUCUAUUACCUCUUAAGUUUUAUAUAUAGUAUAAAACAUCUGUGUCAUUUAACUUGGAUACUGUUAUUAGGAUAAAAUCAAUUUGAUUAUUACCGGAAAACUGCAUGAAAUAUUCAUCUUAUCUCGUCAUCGGUUAAAUAUUUUCGUUGCAUUUAUUGCUUCUCGAGAAAACACGUCUCGAGCUAAACAUACUUUAGCUAUGGACUAAUAAAAAACAAAUACAUACAAAACAAGAGACCCUCGUACAGUGGAUUACAAUUGCCAAUGAACAUGGCAAUGGCGCCAGCCUUGCGGGCACUUUCCCAGCCGAAGGAGUUACAAUUUAUUCUUCCUUUAUUUAUCGGAUCGUUUAUACUAUUGUCAUUUUGCUUUAAGACUAUGACUGUAGCUUCGUCGUGAAGGAAAACAACAUAAAAUACAAACCUGAAAAUUGUUGAAUGGUGUUUAAAGCCACGUCAGCCGUCGGGCUGUUUAAACUCGGCCACCAGGUUGCACAUAAAGUUCAGCUAAAAGUAUAUUUUGAAUAUAAAUUCAAAACCUACGUCUAGUGGCUUGUUCUCAAUAAUGUUAAAUAUCCAAGUUGGACGGGGCGUAAGCUUUAUUUAGGUUAGGUCAUAUUUAAUGAAAUAAAUAUAUAUGUACGUCUUAUUGCUGUGAACGUUUGCAAAAUCGAAACACGUUCAAGCGACAGACAUAAAGUGCAAAAAUCAUAAACUUUAUUUUAGAGUAUACAUAAUUCCUUAUUUCUUACAAAGUGUUAAUUUAUACUAAUUAAUGAAAUUAUCUUUAUUUUGUGCAAUUGCGUAAUUUCGCCAGGAAAAAAUGUUUUAGUAUAAAAAAGGACUGAUUUAACCGUCGUAGGUGGCAAGAGACGGGAUGUGUUUCGCUUUCAGAAUAAGAACCGCAAAUGACGAUGUCCAAUAAAUUGUUCAAUUCUUACAGAAAGGUCUAAACACACCUACUGAACAGCUGAAGCGCUUUUAUAAUCUGUAGUAGUACAUCAGUGGUACAUCAGGUUAAAAUUUACUCGCUAUUUGGAUGUCGUUUAAAAAAGUGACAACCUGUAUAAUAAAAUUUCUUCGUAAAAUAUUUUUCUGUAACCAGUAAGAACAGUAUGUAUUUUUACCACAAGUAAGUUAUGUAUUAUUUUUGUCCCACUUUUGUUGUAAGGACUUUUUUCUUUUAUGUGCCAGAGAUCUGAUUGUUUCAACCAAAGAGCCUUUUAUUCAUGGUGUUAGUGUAAAUAAUGCUUGAUGCCUCUAUUAAUUACAAUUAAAAUCUUAUUGUAUUAUAGUACCUAUUAUGAGUAGGUUGAAGCUCUCUUCUAGAUUCUAAAACAACUAGAUUAUAAAAUACGAUUAACGCGUAAAGAAAUUAUUUUAAUAUAAUAUCGGGCCUAUUAUACACCGUGUUAAAAUAUAAAAUAAUUUGCUAAAUCGUUUAACGUAGGGUAAGGUUAGUGUUGCCUGUUGUUCGGUCAACGUAGCGGCAUUUGCUCAUAUUCUAAGUUAAAUAUACGACAUAGGAUGUAUCUCGUUUUGUUAUUAUGCACAAUACAACGAAAUACGUACGUUAACUAGACGCGCUAUUCUGAGUAUGAUGCGUAUUGCUUGCUUGAGGUGCCGACGCUGCCUCUGCUAUGUGCAGGCACUGUCUGUCAGACCCAGGUACAACGUACACUACCUCAAAAUAUACUUGUAAAGUGAGUUUAAAAAGGUUGAAUGUGUUUCAUAGAUACAAUUUUAUGACCGGGUCACCUCUUUUAAGUAUCCAUUACGAACAAAACGUUUCUUUUGAGCAGCGCGUCCAGUAUUUUAAGUAGUAUCAUGAUGUUAUUGUAACGUAAGUCCUUACAUGUCAUCGUAAUCAUUCUUCCGCUGCCAUAUCAAUUAAGUAAAUUAAACCCACAUUUUUAUUUAGAAACUAAUUAAGAAGUUUGUAAUGUUUGUUUUUCCGUCUAAUAACUAUUUGGCAGCUAUUUUUGACUUGACAUCACAUCCGUCCUUUGUAAUUAUCCACCCUACAUACCCAACUUAUUAUAUAUCUUUACACAUCAAGAUUUUUUAAAACAUUUAUCAAGAACUUGUGUGUUUAUUAGUUCUGAAAUAUAUUUCAUUUUUCAGAAUUAAAACCAUAAAGUAAUUAUCUAAAUCAUUAUAUCUAAUUUUUUUACACUAUUUUCAAACAUAUAAUUAUCUGUUUAAUUAAUUUCGAACUAAAGAAAAUGUCUAUUGCCAUUAAAUGCAACUUUCAAUUCUUUUUUUUUUUCAAAUACAAU